UAAUUUGUCUUUCAUGCUCCCGACCAUAACAUAGAUGCAAUACAGUGCUAGAUAGAAACAUUAAUGCUUUUUAGCAAUCCACAAUCUAUCUAUAUGACAUGAAAUCUCAUAAAUAUAUAUAGUCUUUCUCUUUCAUUCCUUCUCCAUCCAUCUAUCUAAUUCUAUAGUGAAAACACUUUCAUGGAGUCCAAUAUACUUUUUUUUGUACUUCUCUUCGGUUUCACUUCAUUGAUUUUCAUCUCACACUUUGCUUCAGCAGCUACACUAAAGCUCAACACUCAAGAGGUGAAGGCAUUGAAGGAGAUAGGGAACAAGAUUGGGAAGAAAGAUUGGGAUUUUGGAGUUGACCCCUGCAGUGGAAAAGGAAAAUGGAAUGUUUCUGAUAGUAGAAAAGGCUUUGAGAGUGCUGUGAUUUGUAAUUGUUCAUUCAACCACAAUUCUUCUUGCCAUGUUGUAAGCAUAUUCUUGAAGGCUCAGAAUCUGUCUGGCACCCUUUCACCAGAGUUUUCCAAGCUUCCUCAUCUCAAAAUAUUGGACCUUAGUCGUAACAUCAUCACUGGUUCUAUCCCUCAACAAUGGGCUAAAAUGAACUUGGUUGAUUUAUCUUUCAUGGGAAACAGAUUUUCAGGGCCAUUCCCUACAGUUCUCACCAAUAUUACAACCCUCAAAAACUUAAGUAUUGAAGGAAAUCAAUUUUCAGGCUUUAUUCCUGAAGACAUAGGGAAGCUGAUCAACUUAGAAAAACUCGUUCUGCAAUCAAAUAGAUUCACCGGAGCAUUGCCGUCUGCGUUUUCCAAGUUGACCAAGUUGAAUGAUUUGAGGAUAAGUGACAAUGACUUCUCUGGGAAGAUACCUGAUUUCAUUAGUAAAUGGACAUUGAUAGAAAAACUGCACAUUGAAGGUUGCUCUCUAGAGGGACCUAUACCUUCCAGCAUAUCUGCAUUGACAGUAUUGAGUGAUUUGAGGAUAACUGACUUGAGAGGCAGUAGAAGUUCUACUUUUCCACCACUAAGUAAUAUGAAAUCCAUGAAGACACUUGUUCUGAGAAAAUGUUUGAUUAAAGGAGAGAUUCCAGAAUAUAUUGGUGAAAUGGCAAAACUGAAAGUCUUAGAUUUGAGUUUCAAUAGCUUGAGUGGAAAGAUACCUGAAUCUUUUCGUGACCUUGACAAAGUGGACUUCAUGUAUCUUACUAGGAACAACUUAUCAGGAACUAUACCGGAUUGGGUCCUUAAAAAUAACAAAAAUAUUGAUGUAUCUUACAAUAACUUUGAAUGGGAAAGCUCAAGUCCAACUGAAUGUCAACGAGGGAGUGUAAACCUUGUCGAGAGCUACUCUUUAUCUGCGACAAAGAAAAGUAACAUUCAUUCAUGCCUAAAAAGAAACUUCCCAUGCACGUCGAAGAAUCCACGACAUUACUCCCUACGCAUUAACUGCGGAGGUAAUGAAGCAAAUGUUAGUGGUAAUAUUUAUACAGCUGACAUAGAACGAAAAGGCGCUUCAAUGUUAUAUAUUUCUGCUGAGGAUUGGGCUCUUAGCAGCACAGGAAGCUUCAUGGACAAUGAUAUUGACUCUGAUCCCUAUAUCGUGACCAAUACUUCUAGUCUUCAGAAUGUUUCUGUGAUCAAUUCGAAACUGUAUACAACAGCUCGCGUUUCGCCCCUUUCCCUCACAUACUAUGGACUUUGUAUGAUAAAUGGAAAUUACACUGUCCAACUUCACUUUGCAGAGAUUAUUUUCAUCAAUGAUAGGUCAUUAAACAGUCUCGGGAGACGGAUAUUCGAUGUCUACAUCCAGGGGAAAUUGGUGCUGAGAGACUUUGAUAUCGAACGAGAAGCUGGUGGUGCUGAAAAGCCAAUUGUUAAAAAAUUCAAUGCUACUGUCACAGAAAAUACAUUGAAGAUUCAAUUCUACUGGGCUGGGAAAGGAACCACUGGUAUACCAACAAGAGGAGUUUAUGGUCCUUUAGUAUCUGCUAUUUCAGUGGAUCCUAAUUUUAAACCUCCAUCAGAGCAUGGAAACAGAACUCGUGUCAUACUGCUGGCAGUUGGCAUAGUUUGCGGUUUUCUAGCUGUUGUUCUUAUUAUGGUGGCUGUCAUGAGGAGGAAGGGAUUGUUAGGGGGCAAGGAUCCUGUGUAUAAAGAGCUUAGAGGUAUAGAUUUGCAGACAGGAUUGUUCACUUUAAGACAAAUAAAAGUAGCCACAAAAAACUUUGAUGCAGCAAAUAAACUUGGAGAAGGUGGCUUUGGUUCUGUUUACAAGGGGCAGCUAUCAGACGGUACAGUAAUUGCAGUAAAGCAGCUCUCAUCAAAAUCAAAGCAAGGAAACCGUGAGUUUGUGAAUGAGAUAGGAAUGAUAUCUGGACUUCAACAUCCAAAUCUUGUUAAGCUCCAUGGAUGUUGUGUGGAAGGGAACCAACUAAUUCUAAUAUACGAGUAUAUGGAAAAUAAUUGUCUAUCUCGCAUUCUUUUUGGGAAAGGAUCAGAGAGUAAAAAAAAACUGGAUUGGCUUACCAGGAAGAAAAUUUGCCUUGGUAUAGCUAAAGCUUUGGCUUAUCUUCAUGAAGAGUCAAGAAUUAAAAUCAUACAUAGGGAUAUAAAGGCAAGUAAUGUGUUGCUAGACAAGGACUUUAAUGCCAAAGUUUCAGAUUUUGGUUUAGCAAAACUUAUUGAAGAUGACAAAACGCAUGUCAGCACUCGGAUUGCAGGAACAGUUGGUUAUAUGGCUCCUGAGUAUGCAAUGCGCGGUUACUUAACCGACAAGGCAGAUGUUUAUAGCUUUGGCGUGGUUGCAUUAGAGAUUAUAAGUGGAAAGAGCAAUACAAAUUACAGGCCGGACGAUGAAUUUUUCUACCUUCUUGAUUGGGCCUAUGUUUUACAAGAGAGAGGAAAUCUUCUGGAACUAGUUGAUCCAGACAUUGGUUCAGAAUAUUCAACUGAGGAAGCCAUUGUGAUGCUAAAUGUGGCUCUUUUGUGUACUAAUGCGUCUCCUACGCUAAGGCCAACAAUGUGCCAAGCUGUAAGCAUGCUUGAAGGUUGGACCAACAUUCAGGAUCUCCUUUCGGAUCCAGGGUAUUCGGCUGCUGGUUCAAGUUCCAAACAUAAGAGCAUAAGGAGUCACUUCUGGGAGAAUCCAAGUAGAUCACAAAGCAUGUCCAUACCUACUGUUUAUACUGAUUCCUCUUCCUCACAUGUUGCAACAGAAGAGAGCAACCAUCUUGUAAAAACUAAUUCAGUUGGAUCAGACAAAUAAAGAUAGUUUUUUGGUAGUGUAAAUAAAGAUAGUUUCUUAACAUGUAUUCAUUACAAAAACUUGUGAUGAAUUGCAUACAAAAAAAGAAGAAGAGAGAAGUUAAUAUAAAGAUUUCUAUCUCA